UUAUUUUAAAUUUAGAAAAAAAAAUAAAAAAAUAUUGCAUUGAAAUUAGGAAAUGGAGUUGUAUUAUUGGCCUGCACAACUAAAAUGGGGUUUACCCACAUUUGAUAUCAACUCAUUACAUGUUAUGAGUUACAUAAAGUUUUGCAAAGCACCUGUCAGUUUAUUUCCAGUUUUAAAGUCUCUGCUUAAUGCAAAAACUCGUGAAUUACCAUGCCUGGUUACAACAUCUGGUGAAAUGUACUCUUCGCCUAAAGAAAUAAUAAACUAUCUUAACCUAAAGUUUUUUAACCCUGACACAUGGCUUAAUGAAGAACAAAGAGGUAAUAUUAUUGCAAUGACUUCAUUGAUAGAGGAAAAGUUAUUGCCAGCUGUUAUGUCUUUACUUUGGCUUGAUAACCAAAACUUUACAGAAGUAACGCGUAUGGUAUACGCAAAAUCUUGUCGCUACCCUCUUAAUUUUUCUACUCCGCAAAGUCUUCAGCAUGAUGUUGAAAAAUCCAUUAGAAUUUCAGGAAACUAUUCUAAUGAAGAUUUUGAUGUUAUAUGUAAUAAGUUAUUCUUGAAUGCUGUUUCUACUUUGAACAUGUUUUCUGAGUUCUUAGGAGAUAAGCACUUCUUGUUUGGUGAUAGACCAAGUUCUUUAGAUGCCUUGCUUUUCUCUUGUCUCGUUAUUCCGCUAAAACUUCCUUUGCUAAACGGAAAGUUAAAAAAUUAUUUGAAAGGUUGUAGUAAGUUUUCUCAGUACACAGGUCGAAUUAUGCAAAUUUAUUUUAAAGAGGAGCUGAAAAGUAAAGAUUCUAUUUUGAAAGAAGAAGACGAUCCGUAUAAAUACGAUUGGAUAUUUCCUGUAGUUGUAACUGCACUUGCUAUGUUUUCCUAUGCUGUAAACAUAAAGUUGAUAACAAUUACACGAUAACUGUUUAAUUAUGGUUUAACUGUGAAUCAAUUAUUCGUGUUAUUUCAGUCUAACGGCUAACUUAAUGAA